GCCUGUUGCAAGUCAAGCCUGGGGAUCUAAUUCUUGGUACAAUGUAAAAAGACUGGGGCACAUCUCAUAAAUUCACCAAUGUCUUCAUUACCUGUAAUCACAAAACAUUAUCACACUAGUAACUUUAACAAUGCUUUACAAAAAGGUUGUAUUACCCCAAAAACAGUAGGACUAGAAGUACAGGGGGACUAGAAGUACAUAAAAGUACAUGUAUGGUAGGGCAUUUCAGCAGGCUGUAUUAUCUAAAGAGGUUAAGACAGUGAGAUUUGCCAAAGUAACAUGUUACACUAUAUAUAGUAUCCAAAAUUACGUUGAUUAAUCAUUCAAAAAACAUUUGGCACUCUACAAAUGGCUAUGCAGUCCAUACUGCUGCAUAUACCUUUUAAACAAGUAUUCAUAAAAUCUUCAGUAAUAGUGAAAUAUCACAAUCCAUUGAUUCACAAUGAAACAGAUUGGAUAGGAUCUUGCAGGUCUGUAAUGGUCUUGUGAUGCACGUGUCUUUUCCUGCUGUGAAUAAGUUUUCACUGCAGCUUGCUGAACUGUCCUGCUUACUUUAUAAAGCACUCAUUAACCAGUGUCUGGAUUGGCUUGUUACAAUCACAAGAGACAACAGCCUAUAAUUACUGUAUAACCUAUUUUAUUGUAUUGAAAUUACAAUAAAUAAAUCGAUUCGUUGCUGAGCAUCGCAGUACUGUUUGUGCUAGAUAGCCAUUUCAUGCUGUCCCCUGCUAGCCUUUAAUUGACAUCACAUAAUACUCUCAUGUGCCAUUUCAUAUAGAGUAUAACCUGGAAGGCACUGUGUGGAGCACGUACAUAGAACGCAGCUGCAUUCCGGAUCUUUCGUUUUGACUGCUGUCAGAUUCAGUACUAGUUAGUUGUUUGAGUAGCCUUUAGUUCCUUUACCAGGAGCUGGACAAAACUGACGAAAUAAAAUAAGAAGGAAAUGGCCAUUUUGGUAUGUGGAUUUAUAUAACGUGUUUUAUUCUUUUUCACUGUGUCUACACCAAGUUUGUUUCUUUAUUUUUUUCUGUUUUAUUUAUUUUGUUUUGUUUGUUUGUUUCACGUGUGAACAAUUGUAUGGAUUAUUUUUUUUUACAGGACAUCUCUAACACACAAUGUAUAUCUUGUUUCAACGGAUUCCUACAUGUAGUCUUGGAAAAUGAUGUCCUGUUAUAGUAAUAAUGGAUGGUUUCACAGCCCUGGUUAGCACUAAUAUUAAAUUACCUAAAGUAAGGUUAUUCUUCAAGAUUGUGCUAAUCAGAGUCUGUGAACCCACCUGUGAGUGUUAAUAAUACAUGUAUUUACCAAGAGAAAUGACCAGUUUAAAUACAUUCUUGAGAGUCGCUACAUGGGUAAAGGAUUCCUUUACUGGAUAGGGAAAGGUCAUUCUUACUUAAAAAAGGUUCAUUUCCAGUGAACAAAGUAUGAGGGACUCUGGUAAUGAAGGGAUUUGCAGCUAAACUACACAGCACGACAAGCUAACCACAGCUGGUUAAAUAAAUAACACCUGACUUGAUUAAUCAUACUUCGCAUCAUGUCAACCUAGCACCAAUAAAACUGAGACAUUUUGAUUGCUAAGUAUAGUAUUGUAAACCAGCUGGGUUUCAAAGGAGCUGUCCUGCAGACACCAGACAAGAGCCAUGUGACCUUUGUGACAUGACAUUUGUAUCAGUGUGGGUGAUACGGCAGAUAGAUGGACAGUCAUAACUGGAGGUUGAAUGGAAGCCUGCAGCUCAGUCAUUUCUCUAGGUUUGCCCACAUUCUGUGUGUGGUUGUUUUAAUUUUUGUUUCUUCCUUCUAUGUCCUCCGUAUCUGUGUUGUGUCUGAUGACUGUUCUGGAUUGUCGCUGGCGGCUUUAAAGGAUGAUGAUGAUGAUGAUGAUGAUGAUGAUGCAGAGACUGGACUGACUGACGGAGAGAAGGAGGGUGAGCCCAAGGAGGCAGAGAAGCUGGGAAAACUACAAUACUCUUUGGAUUAUAAUUUCACAGAGAACCAGCUUAUUGUGGGGAUCAUUCAAGCCGCGGAGCUGCCUGCCUUGGAUAUGGGUGGCACAUCUGAUCCUUAUGUGAAAGUCUUCCUGCUGCCUGAUAAGAAGAAGAAAUUUGAGACCAAAGUCCACAGAAAGACCCUUAAUCCCACUUUCAACGAACAGUUUACUUUCAAGGUGCCCUAUGCCGAACUGGGAGGCAAGACUCUGGUAUUGAAUGUAUACGACUUUGACCGAUUCUCCAAGCACGACAUCAUCGGGGAACUUAAAGUCCCAAUGAACACAGUGGACUUUGGCCAUGUGACUGAAGAAUGGAAGGAUCUGCAGAGUGCUGAAAAAGAAGAGCAGGAGAAGCUGGGCGACAUUUGCUGCUCUCUCCGCUAUGUGCCUACUGCCGGUAAACUGACUGUUGUCAUUCUGGAAGCAAAGAACCUGAAGAAGAUGGAUGUGGGUGGCUUAUCAGACCCUUACGUGAAAAUCCACCUGAUGCAGAACGGCAAGAGGCUCAAGAAAAAGAAGACAACGAUCAAGAAGAACACUUUGAACCCCUACUACAAUGAGUCAUUCAGCUUUGAAGUGCCGUUCGAGCAGAUCCAGAAAGUGCAAGUUGUUGUGACUGUUCUGGACUAUGACAAAAUCGGCAAAAACGAUGCAAUCGGCAAGAUCUUUGUGGGUUUCAACAGCAGCGGAACCGAGCUGCGACAUUGGUCAGACAUGCUGGCUAAUCCGAGGAGACCCAUCGCACAGUGGCACGUUCUAAAGCCGGAGGAAGAAGUGGACGCGAUGCUUACCGUCAAGAAAUAAAGAAGAGAAGCCUUUCAGUACCUAUCCAAGUAGUGCUCUUUAGCCAGUAUAUGUAAAUACCUCAGUAAUAUGGGUCCAUUCACUUCCAUCUUUUGUGUUCUCCAACCACCAUCACCUUUUUUACUUUCUAUUUUCUCUUGAAUUUCCUUUCCACCUUUGCAGAUGUAGAGGCCCUUUUAAAAAAAAAAGCCCUCUUGUCACUUCGUUUGUUAUGUUUUUCAGGCCACCCCCUUCUUUUAAGCAAUAUGAUCUGUGUAGAUAGAGCAUGACUGAAAUUAUUUAUUGUAUUACACAGUUGUAUAUACCAGUAUGCUGACAAAAUGAUUUCUAGUCUGUGUGUUUGUAUGUUGUUAGGCGUUUCCUAAUCUGUGUAUAUCUCGAUGUUUUUAAUAAGAUGUUCUAUUUUAAAUGAUCUAAAUGGACUGAGAUAUAGGAAAGCCGAUCUUAUAUAUAUUAUAGGAUUCACAAUUCUAUCUUACUGCAUUCAAGUUAAAAUUCCAACCUGCAAGAAGACUCUAGUGGAGGUGCACUCACAUUGUAAAGGACAGUGCCAGUCUGUAUGUUUACUUAUCAAACCAUCAAAAAAAAAAAAAAAGGCCAUUAACUAGUAUGGUUACACAAGAAAAAAAAGUAUGCUGCUGAAAAUUAUAUAAGCACAGGGUUUCUUAUGACUUUUUAUACUAUGUUUUUUCUUUUUUUCAAUUGAUGACCUUUAAGUUUAGCUUCAUCCUUCUACCAAGACAUUCCAGAAAGCUAAAACGAUUGCCUUUUUAUUGUUUGAGCAAGGUUUCACAUUGUGAACCGGUGAGUUACUUUUAAGUACAAUAGGUCAUCUGUUAAGACCAUGUUUUCUUUAAUGGUCUUUAUUUUUUAGAAGCAGAUCUUCUUGAACUUGUAAGCAUUCCUUUGACCCCCUGAAUAUAACCCCCUCUGAAACGGAACAAUGCUCUAGCCUUUGUGUCCUUCAAGCUAGAUUAAUAGUAUGUUGUUAAUUGUCUGCUACCAAUAGCCUUGAUGUUGGAUAUAUAUAGUUAGUUGAGGAUUUGGAGUACGGUUUUCAAAGUGGGGAAAGGGGUUUUGACACUAGCUUUAAGAUCAAUAUUUUUAGAUAACGUUUUCAGUGUCUGGAGUAUUUUUUAGUAACUGCAUGAUUUUUUUAAUAAUGUUUUGCUAAUUAACUUGGGUCGGGGGGAGGGGAGUGUUCUGCUAUACUCGGGGGUCUCUUUUUAUAGUGUCCCCUUAUCUUCAAUCAAAAAAAAGAAAUCAAACAAAAGGUAUAUUUUACAGCAUGACUAAAAAAAAGUCGAAAAUCCAGUAGGAUAGUAUAUACAUGUAGAAAAUGCUGAUGAAAGUUAAAACACUGCCAUUUUCAGGGAGGUAACAACAGUAUCAUUUUCUUCAUGUGCACUCUGUACAGGCCACGCUUGUUGUUUUUGUUCAAGAGGCCCAAAAUGGUACCAGGAAUGUCAGCCGCCAUAUUGCUCUGCCUUCUCACAGAGGCAACAUUGUCAGCCAUGUUUUACUGCCACUUUCUUGUGGCUACCGUGUUCGGCUGUGAGUUGUGUGCUGCAGUAGUUGGCGCUAAGCUGUCUUCAAACAGAAGAGGCUGCCAGGUUUUUCUGUUUGUUCAGAGAAACAAUGGCAUGGUCAUUCUGCACAGAAGCAGUCGUGACUGCCAUUUUGGACUGAGUUUUAAUGGAAACAAAAAUGGCUGCCAUUUUGUAUUACCACACUACUGAAGCCACGGUAGCUGGUAUGUUCUCUAGUGUUCCUUUAACACAAAGAGAUGAGAAUAAAAAAAUAAAAAAAUUAAAGAAAUAAUCAGAAACCGUAAAAGUUAAUGGUCUCCUUCAUUAAUGAAAUAAUUCAAAAGAAUCAAUGUGUCCUUUACUACGGGUUAACAAGAGGAAUAUAAAGUGAAAAGUUCUAGUAAAUUAAAACAGAUUCCCUUAUCUUUGAGGAACUUCUUGUGUAUGCUAGAUGCUUGCUUCAGGAGGAGUUUCUAAAUGUUUUCAAUGUUAUUAUGUAGUAAAUGGCACUAUUAUAAAGCUAUUAGUCAUUCCAUGAGAGUCUCUAGGGACUGCUUUGUGUAUCACUGUGACUGCUGUGCGUGCUUAGAAAUGUAGAUUUCUCAGUGGAUAGCGACCAAUUUGUUCUGUAGUGAUAUUGUAUUAAUGCUGCCAUCCCCUUCUACUGCACUGCUGAGAGUGUGCAUAGCACUAACAGUUCUAAUAACCGCGGACCAAUCAAGAACUGACAGGCUAUGCAUUGGAAACAGAGUUUUAAAAGAGAGCGGCUCAAAUCACACAGCAUUUUGUUGAGCACUGUGCAAUAUGAUGUCUGUUCUUCAUGGCUUCAUAGUGUUACUGUAUGUGGGCUGUGUAGCCCGGGAGAGAAGAUUCUUAUUAUUGAUUACGUUCAUUGUAAAGCAAUGGUUAGGACACAGCACACUGAGCUCCUAUUGAAAUAUGAGCUAAACACGUUCAUGAUGUGGUUUUUUGUUUACCCUAUUUUUUGCAUGCAGGUCCAACAAAAAAUAUUCAGGAAUUACAAUGAAAAAAAGACCAGAAUGUUACAAUUAUUAUUAUUAUUAUUAUUAUUAUUAUUAUUAUUAUUAUUAUUAUUAUUAUUAUUAUUAUUAUUGUUGUUGUCAUCUUUUUUGUUGUGAGUAAGGAUUUGUACACCUGAAUGUACCCCUAGGUUUAGCUUAACAUGAUAUGUUUGUUAUUAUGGAGAUACAGAUGGCAAUAAAUGUUGAUAAUUUAUUAAAUGAAAUAAAAAUUCAGAAUUCUGAGUAUCCCAUUAAGUCUUUUGCGGCUGAGAUACAGUAUAUACUCUAUUAAUGUUAUAUGCAGUUUAAAGACAAACUCCCUUUUGUAAAUUCCACAUUUUGAAAUUAAAUGCAUUGCUUUUAGUAUUCCUGGUGAUCUUUCUCAUGGUUUCCAAACAUUUUGUUUAAAUGUUUAGCAUUUGAAAACAAUAUAGUAGCAGAUCCAUGUUGUUUACCUUCGUCACGGCUGAUUUCCGUAUCUUAUGUUGUGAAUAAGGUUGGUUUGGAGAUCUAAAAAAAGCAUUUAGUACAACAAUAGCCCUGGAGCUAAGGAACAGUCCCAUAAAACAAACUGCAUUAAGUAUAAAUUAUAUAACAGGGAUCCCAAAGCAUUUCACACACACACACAAAUUAAAACAUUACAUUAAAAACAGUAUAAUACAGAAUUUGAUUUUAAAAAAAAAGAUACAAAAAUGUGUUUUUAAUGGUAAAAAAGCUAGUUUGUAGAAACAGAACAAUUAAGAGUCUAAAACAAAAAUAUAAUAAUAAUUUAAAAAAGAACAAAAGAAAAUGCAGUUUUGACUGAGAAAUGGGUAUGAGUCCCAGCUUCAACGACACAGGAAGGCUACAACAGGAGUAAUAUGUUCACCUUUAAUGGUUUUAGUCAGAUUUCUAGCAGCAGUGUUCUGAAUGAGCUGUAAGUUUUGGGGUACCAGAGAAAAGUGCAUCAAUUCUAGAUGAAACAAAGGCAUGCAUUAGUAUUUCAGCAUCAGAUACAGAAAUAAUAGGUCUAGGUCUAGCUCUAUUUCUCAGAUGAUAAAAGGAUACUUUAGGAAACGUUCCUAACAUUAGUCUCGAAUCAUAGAUGACCCCCAAAUUUCACAUUUCUAGUUUUAGAUCUGAUGAGAAACUGUUAAAGUCUAUGUGUUGUUUACAAGGGAGUUAAUCUUUAAAUAAAAGAUGUUUUAUAUCCCUGGUUAUAAAUGAUAACAUAUACACAGUUGUUUUAAUAUUUUAAAAGACUAUUUAUUGUGUAAUUUCUAUAUUUAUUCAUAAGAUUAACCUUGUACAAAUGGAUCCAAAGCUGAUAAAACGUAUCAUAGUUUGAUGAGUAAGGGAUAUAUAACAACGUUUACAAAUGAUUUGUAUUGCAUAUAUAAAAGCGUAUACAUACCAGGUUAACUAACAGUGAUAGGAAGCAUCGCAGUUUGCAAGAUCCGACUGCAAGGUUUUACGUGUGCCUUGUGAAAAGCCAUUACCUGCAAUGAGAUGCAAUGCUUCCUUUACUGCCUCCAAAGCAUGCGGUAAACCCUACCAUUUCUAUUGAAAUAAAGUCCACUUUGAACUUGCUGUGUGACCAAGACAUUUCAUUCCUCAACAAAAUAAAGAAGCCACACUUACCUUUCUGACAAAGCUGUCUAAAGUAUUAGAAUCUGAUGCUGUAGAAAGAUCCUAGUUGCCUUUGUGUAUAUUAACUGCCUGCUUGAGUAUUUUGUGUGUGUGGAAAUUUUCUCUCUGUAAUCUUGUAGAAAUGUUGGGGUGUUCUUUCCUGCCAUAUUGCUCGUGACGGUGCGAGCUGAUGGUUAUAUAGCUGUGUAUACCUUCAUUUUUGACGAGGUGUUUUACAAUUUUGUUUUCACUUUGUGUAGUGAUUCACACUGUGGAGUUUCCUGAUUGUUGUUAUAUAACUUAAUAUACACAAAUGUUCAAUAAAAAUGUUUUAUUUCCUGUUAA